AACACUGUUUAUAGUUUUAAAUCUGUACGAAAAUAUUUAAUGUGCCAUAUUGUUGUGAUUCAUAAUACGUCCAUAUUUAAUUUAAUCUACUGUGAUUUUGUUUGAUAGUUCUAUUUAUCGUCACAACUAAUAUUUGACGUUCAGAAAAAUGUCUGUUCCUUCUCCAGAAGAUAUAAUGAAAUGUCCUAUCUGCUUAGAAACCAUGCAGCCUCCAAUAAUACAAUGUAAGGUUGGGCAUAGCAUGUGUAAAUCAUGUAUUACUGGCUGUCGUAUAUCAAACUGCCCAACAUGUAGAUCCCAGCUAACAGAAACCCGAAAUUAUCAAUUGGAACAAUUAAUAGAAGGUCUCCAAAAAGUCCUUAAAUUACAAUGUGUUUAUUAUUAUAAAGGUUGCAAAUAUGAUUUAACACAACAGGAUAAACAAACCCAUGAAAUGGAAUGCAAAUAUCGAAAAUUCCACUGCGAAGGUAAUAAAUUUGCAAAUUUGAAUUGUGAUUGGAAGGGAGAAUUUGCAGGAAUAUACAAACACUUCAAAGAUUCUCAUCCUAAUAAUACUAGAAUGGAAUACAAAACUGAUGCUACAAUGAAAAUAAGUUUGAAUAGAGAUUUCAAAGAUGUUCAGAUAAUAUCUUUUUUCAACGGACAACAAUAUUUUUAUUAUAAACACCAAAUCGAUGUUACAAAGCAAAAAGCUUAUUGGCACUUCCAACUAAUCGGUUUAAAAUCACAAGCAGAAAAUUAUUAUUAUGAAUUUGAAAUACAUAAUAACAGUUUGAGAAAGUUUAAAGUUACUGAGUUUUGUACAAGUGAUACAACCGAUAUAAACACCACAUUUGCUCAAGAAAAAUGUGUUGCAGUAUCCUUCACUGGUAUUAAGAAUUAUCUGAACGAGUUUGGAGAACUACAUUUCAAGUUUCGAAUUAUGGCAAAUAAAAAGACUCGUCAUUAAUAUUAAUUAACAUGUACAGAGUGGAGUAAGGAAAUUUCCUGAUAUGUCACCUACAUAAUAUAAAUCAGUGUGAAAGGCACAACUUGUUGCAUUAGUUUAUAGUCUUUCAUGAAUUAUUUGUGUAGGUCCUCAGAAAUUUUUUGAGGAAAUUGGAAAUUUCAUCAAAUUCUAUCUCUUGACUGCACAUAUAUUAUUUUUAAAUGUUAUGGUUUGUCUGAUUUUCUACUAAAGUUGUAAUGAUAAUUUGUAAUUCAGUUUUUAUUAUUACAUUAUUAUUAUAUGUUAGAAAUUGUUUUUACCAAUUGUAAGACUACUUUGGCCAAAAAUUUGCUUAUAUAAAAUUUAAUCGAUUCCGAAUUUUUUUAUUAUAUCUGUUGUAAAACUUAUGUUUGUGAAAAAUUGGCUGCUCUAAGUCUUUUUUUGGUCGAAAAAGGAUUUUAAUUUGGUCAAACAAUAGUUUUUUCAACUUCAAAUUUGUAAAGUUUUUUCAGUUUAAUUUAGUGAAAAUCAUUUUUACAUUUCUCAUUUUAUAGUUAAUGAUAAUUAACUGCAAUAUAGUAAUAAAAUAAUUGUUGAAAAUUGAUUUUUCCAUUUAUUUUUUAAUAAAAGGUUUCUGAAUUUAGAAAAAUCAGCAUUGAUUAAAAUAAUUCUCGAUUUUCAAAUAUCGUACCCCUAUUUUAAUGGUACCAUGAGCUCAUAAAUGCUAAUUUUACAGGAAGUCCAAAACAAAAAUGAUUGUAAAUGAAAUGUUUUUGUAAUCAGUUACUUCGGUUCUUAGAUGUACCAAAUUCAGUGUACAUACAGAUAUCUCUACUGAUUAGCGAUGUAAAAUGUAAUUGAGAAUCUAAAGAUAAUUUAAAAAAAAAUUCUUAAUGAUACGACACUACUUUUGAUUUUAUUUAGACUUAUUGAGUGAGGACUUAGAGCAAAUAAAACGAAAUAUGACAUUAUUUCUAUUGUAGUUUGUUGUAAGGAAAUAACAUGAAAAUAUCAAAUUCAAAACUAAAACUCGUCCACAAAAAUUGUGUUCAAAAUAAAUCUCCGUUAAAUGUAAAAAAUAACAACAUCAACAUUGAUUUGUAAAUCACACCGGCUUCAAAUAAAGAAAAGUCUUUCUUUUUGUAUGCGUCAAUCUUUGGCUUAGAUCAGAAUUAAACUAAAGUUAUUUUUUCUUCCUCUUUUUCUUAUAACCACUCCACUCUCAUAGGAAGUUUUCAUUGGAAAUGAAAAGGAUCUUGUAUCUGACGACUUUCAUAAUAAAACUUCUAUUUAUGUCUAUUCUUUAUAUUAUAAAAAUUAGUGUGGGUUUAUUGCACUACAAAUUAAAUUAUGUAAGUCUCUUACAUAGAAGUGAGGUUAUGGCACAGCUUAUGGUGGGUGCAGACUCUAGUAACCAUGGAGUGUAGAGAAGGAGGAACGUCUCUGGGUUAAAAAAUGUGAGCUGAUUUUUUAUGGGUAAAUAGGUGGCGCUGAUUAUAGAGGGUAUUCGCUUGAAUUUUACGCGCUGAUUUGAAAAUAACUGUAUAGUAAUGCUUUAAAUAAUGCACCGUGAUAAUGAAAUUAGUAGUAUUAAAAUAAUGAAACGAUUAACAAAACAGAAUCUCGUUAAAUUAACUUUAUUAUUUAGCUAUUUAUUUGGUUUAGAUCAGUGAUUCCCAAAGUGGUCCAUAUCGACCCCCAGGGGUCGAUGAAGUCCUGCAAGGGGUCUAUGUAGGCAAAAAAAUAAAUUGGUGGUCAAUAGAUAGAAGUUUUCAAAAUUACAAAAUUUUAAUAUAAUUUUUAUAUAAUAAUAUAAUUUUAUAUUAGUUAUUAAUAUAUUUUAUGUUGUAUUCGUUACAUCAAAGGAAAACAAAUACGUUAGCAAACGAAUGUAUAUCGAAGCAAAAAUCACUCUCUAAUCUAAGCUAAUGAAAAGAAUCACGAUUUGUAAAUAUUAAACAUCCGUUGUUGUUGAAAUUUGAUUAAGCAGAAUUGUUUUUAAGAAAGAAAUAAGAGAGCAAUGACGACACGCUCCGUUUUUAUGUAUGUGCAAGCAUAUUCUUUGUGAGGGCUUCGGUCCACUAAUAGUCCGAGAGCCAGCUGUCGAAAAUCGAGACGAUUAUUUAAAGCAUGAGAUUUACAGGGUAGAUAGAUAAUGAUGAAUGAAAUUAACUGAAUUCCGAUCAUCUGAUCUAUUUCAAAUUUCUAAAAGAGUACAAAAUAAUUGCAUAUAAUUAAUUUUUCC